AUGAUUGAAGAUGGUAAUUAUCAUUCAGAACAAGGAAUUAAAUAUUAUCACUAAUUAGAAAGAAGAAGAAGUAGUGCAUAAUUUUAAGACAGUUCUACAAUGAUGAAUCCAAGUACUACUAAUCUUUCUAGAAAUGCCUCUUAUUCAAUGCCACAUGAAAGUUAAUUAAAUCCUUAGGGUAAAUACAAGAAUAAAUUAAUAGUACUUGCCAAAAUAGCAGCAAUGAUGCCAUACAACUCAGAUAAUAAAAAGAAAUUUUUUAGAGUUGAUCAUGUCCUUAAACCAAAAAAGAAACCAGAUCCUUUGGAGGAAGAACAAGAAAAUGAAAUUAGAAAGAAUUUAUAAUUAUCACCUGAAAUAGUGAAAGAAGAUUUACAAAACAAACCUUUAGUAGGACCUCAAUCAGUCUAAUUAUAUUAUCAACAUUAUAAGAAAGUGAAUAAGGUUCGUUAGCAAAACGAGUUUUUUAAAAUAUCAGGUAAGGUUUAAAUGGAUAAAUAGAUAGUGUGUAAACUGCAAUGCUUCGUUAAGCAGAAUAAAUUGAUGUAUUACCUUGUAAGAUUGGAGUAAUAAAAGCAAAAGGAAGUGAAUAAUCUCUCUAGAUUAGUCAUUAGAAGUAUGGAGAUAGAUAUGCAUCAAUGUUGAGUGAAGGUUUGAAGGUUAAUCCAAACAUUAAAGAUUUUUAUAUGGCAAAUAAUAGAAUUCAGAGUUCUGGAGCGACAUAAAUUUUGAAUUAAAUAGGAAAAGUGGCUAAAGUUCUUGAUCUUUAAUAAAAUAAUAUUGGUAAGUUUGGAACAGACUCAAUAUGUUAGUAAAUUUAAUCUAGAGAAAAUAAGUAAGAAUAAAAGUCAUUAUAUUAGAUUAGAAGUUUUAAAUUUAGAGGAUAAUAAAUUAGGAGAUAGAAAUGUGACUCGCAUCUUGAAAGCAUUGUUAAAUAGUAAUAAUAAGUUGAAAUCAUUAAAUAUAAGCAAAAAUUAUUUGACAAAUGAUAUAGCUGAAAUUCUAAAAGAGAGUAUUAUCCAAUUAGACAAUAUGGAGUAAUUAUAUAUUCAUUGGAAUUAAAUAAAAGGUUUGGGAGGAUAGAAAAUAUUUGAAGCAUUAAUAGAAAACAAGACUUUAUUGGUUUUUGAUGGAGGUUGGAACAGUUUUGGAAUUUAAGAGAGAAAAGAUAUAUAAUGUAUAUAAAAGAUAUGUGAUUUUUUGAUCACAAACAAAACUGUAUUACAUUUUGAUUUAUCAUCUAAUUAAUUUAGUCUAAAUGAUUGUAAAUUGAUAGCAAAUGCUUUGAAAUAAAAUAGAACAAUAUAUGGAUUUCAUUUUGUGAAUAAUUGGGGAGUUGUUGAUGCUAGAGGAUUUUUAUAAAUACAAGAAAAUGAAUUAUAAAGAGUCUUAGGUGAAACUCCUAGAAUAAAAGGAUUGUAAUAAACGACAACAAUAAGACAAGAAAAUGUAUGUUGGAUUUGUGAAGGAUGGCAAGAAUAAAAGUUUACUUGGAAACCUGAUAUUUCAGGAGAAGGUGAAGCAGAUCCAUUAUUUAUUCAUCUUGAUUUCGAAGCUUACAAAUAAGUUUAUAUUCCUAAAACUUAGGAUCAAAUUUCCUUAACUUUAAUGAUCCCUACAAAUACUACAUAAUAUAUCUAUACAAUGAUUGAUACAUAGGUUAUUGCAAAUGAUUAACCUUAUGUUCCUUAUGGACAUUAAUUGAAGAUUAAUUAUAAUAGUAAUUAUCUAACAGUAUUGAUGGAAAAUGUAAACUAAGUCAAAAAAGAUAAACACUUUUUAAUUUUUGAUUAAGUUGAAUUUAAACCAUUAGUAAGUGUUCUUCCUAGAACUCCAGAUCCUGUUUAUAUACCUCCAAAAUUGAAAAAACAAAAAAGGAUUUGGACAUUUCCAAUUUCUAUUUGGGCCAAAGAUUUCAAAUUUGAGAAUGAAGAUUUAUUAAAGAGAUGCUUUGAAAAAGAUUUCUCAUGUAGCAAAAUAUCCAAAAUAGUCAAAAACCCUGAUGAACUGUUAGAAAUAAAGAGUGUUUUGUGGGCACAUUAUAGAUUAAUUAAAGAGACCUAUAAAUAAUAUAGUUCUAACAGUCCAACAGGUGAUAUCUGGUCAAUAUCUUCAAAUGUUAUUACUGAAUUUGCAUAAUAAACCGAAUUAAUAGAUGGUAAGACUUUGAAAUUAUCUGAUUUGGAUUUGAAAUUUAUUGCUACUUGUGCAGCCUCUAUUGAAUAUAAAGGUAAUUUUAGAAAUCCUGAAAGAGCUCUUUGUAGAUUUUAAUUCAUGGAAUUUCUUGUUAGAGUUUCUGAGGAUAAAUAUUUGAAAACAAAAGUUGCUACAAAUAUGUUAGAAGCAACUAAAAUGAUUUUAGAAUAAUGUAAAACAUAUAUGUCAACUUUUGAUGCAUAGAAAUGGAGAGAUGAGAGAUAUUUUAAUGAACAAUGCGACGAUUGCCUAAAAUUAUUUAAACCAUUACUUAAUCAUAUUUAUAAUAAAUUCAGUGUAAGGAAAGUGAAACCAGGAUAAAAGAAAUUUAUGUGUUUGGAUGAAAUUCAUGAGAUAUGUUCUUAAGCCAGUUUAUAUGAUGAAAGAUUUGUAGAAAGAGAUGCUGAUAUUGUAAAUAAUUACUUUAAAUUAGGCAUUUAAUUUAUCAAUGAUGCUUUAAGUUGAUGAAUUAGAAAGUGAUAGGAUCUUUUAGAUGACUUUCAUUGAGUUUUUAGAAGCAAUAGGAAGAAUAGCUGAUAAAGUAUCUAUGCCUGGUAUUGAUGCAGUUGAUUUGACUUGGGAUCAAAGAGCUGCAUAGCCUCUUCAUUUAAAAUUAGAAAAGUUGUUAAUUCAUUUAGCUAACACAUGUGCAUCUGAAGAAUUUAAAUUACAGUAUGGUAAUAUAAACAAAUCAAUGUUUGCAGUUGUUGAAGAAGAUGAUUGA